GAAAUUGCAGGAAUUCAAAUUUCGUGACAUAUUAGACGUAAUCUUUAAGUGUAAAAGCCGGAAGUUGGAGAAUUUUAAACAGAUAUCAACAUUUUCCUUCGAAAUCCUCAUAACACCAGUUUCUGAUGAUAAAUGACAGUCUAGCGUAUCAAGGUUGGAAUAAUGGGGCAAAAAUUAAUUCAAAAUGACUGAGCCAGCAGAGAAUGAAGCAGGAGAAAACUGUUUCAAAAUGGAGGAAUGAUUCUGUACAAACACAAUUCCGUCAACCAUUAGAAGACAUAUUGGCUUCAGUUCUCGGCAAAGAGAGGUGGAAUUUACGCUGGACCAACAAUGCCGAAAAACUGGUAGUAGUUCCCUAUGAUGGCAUUCCUUUCCUACAUUGUGGGAAACGAUCCUUUUGCUGCCACCUUGGACCAGAUAAAGACAAACACAAGAAAGAGAGAAUGGUUGCAAAAAGACAAGAACGGUUUGCUGAACUUGAUGACAAUAAUAGGCCAAGCACUAGGAGACGACACACAAAGAAGAUUGGAUGCCCAUCUAAAGUAUAUCAACUAAGAAUUGUCAAAUUUCCUGGAUACAGUGUAGAAAGGAAUACUCCAACUGAAAGAUAUGCUGCUGCUAAAAGGUUCCGUAGGGAUCUUACAAAUGGGGGAGUUGAGAUAGAAACUCAGGAAUUGUUUUUUCUGAAAAUUCCACCCGAUCAGUUGCAUCAGGGCCACCCUGUUGGGCUUCCCUAUAUUCCUCAAAAAAUGGAGCGAAAACGUCCAGCAGUCCCAGCACCAAGAAAAAGUAGAAGCAAGAAAGCAAGAAUGGAGAGGGAACAACAAAAACAAGAAAAACUCAAACAACAGCAGAUGGUACAUCAGCAAGGGCAACAACAACAUUGGACAGUUUAUCAACAACAACAAUUGGCAGAUAGAGCCAUGUAUCAAGAACAACAGGAAUAUUUUCUUCAAAUUCCGGACACAGCAGAUGAUGUAUUAAAUGACGAAAUUAUAUAUGAUGGUAUUAUCUCAAGUGACAUACAAGAAGGCAUAAUGGAUGAACAUAUAGAGAACUCUGAAAGUCUGGUGCGGCCAGACUUAGCUGGAUACUGUCCAGCUUCAAAUCUUUCUUUCAAUGAGCAUAUAACCCAACUAAAAAAGCAAGGCAAAGAGGUGUAUCAUUUUGCCUUUGGCCAAUCACCUUUUCCUAUCAUGGAUCAUGCUCAGGAGGCUUUACGGGAACAUGCUGGGGAAAAUGCAUAUUUGCCAGUGGCUGGCUUAAAAGAUUUACAAAAAGCUGUAUGUCGGUUCCACUCUAGGUAUGAUUGGAUGAAUGAGUUACUUGAUAACCAGGUGAUCAUCGGACCUGGAACUAAAGAGCUAAUCUUCCUUCUUAUGAAUGUCUUCAAUGGAGUUGUACUUGUUGUGUCUCCCUCAUGGACCACAUAUAAACCCCAGGUAACCCUAUCCCAUCAUAAACCAUACACCAUACAGACCACACUAGAGGGCGAGUGGCGCAUAACUCCAGAAGCUAUAGAACAGACUAUCUUAUCCAAUAAUCUGACUGGCAAUAAACUGCUGAUCUUGUGCAAUCCUGAUAAUCCAACGGGAACUAGUUAUUCAGCCCACCACCUUGCAUCAUUAGCAACUGUCUGCAGGCGCCACAAUAUCAUAGUACUUUCUGAUGAGAUCUAUGCAAGACUUCACUUCCAGCAAAGUCAUGUGUCACUUGCUAAGUACUAUCCAGAGGGGACAAUUCUUGGUUCAGGUUUGUCUAAAUGGGCGAGUGCAGGAGGAUGGAGGUUAGGAUACCAAAUAUAUCCUCGAGAGCUGAAUGAGUUAAAGGCAGCAGUGCGAAGUGCAGCUAGUCAUACAUAUUCCUGUGCUGCAGCACCAAUGCAGUAUGCUGCUAUUAAGCUCUUCGCCAAUUCAGAAGCAUGUGACGAAUACAUUAAAGCAACAACUAAGAUUAUGUCUACUUUGGGAAAUUACUCUUACAGGGAACUGACAUCAGUUGGUGUGAAGGCUGUGAGACCUAAGGCAGGGUACUACAUGAUGCCAGACUUUGAAGUGUGUAGGGCAGGGCUAUUGAAGAAAGACUUGCACUCAUGUGAGGAUAUGGUACAGUUGAUGUUCAAAGAGAGUAAAGUUGCAGUAAUGGCUGCUGGUCCAGCAUUUCUACGUCCUGAGCAUGAACUAACAACGAGGCUAUGUUUCGUUGAUUUUGAUGGCAAGCCUGCUCUUGAGGCUUAUAGAGCCCUGGGACCUGACCCGACACUAGAUGAUAGCUUUAUACAACAGUAUUGUCCUAACGUGUAUAAUGGCAUUCAGGCCUUGAAGAAAUGGGUAGUGAAGUAUUCUGCUUGAUCACCAGGGCCAGCCACAACACCUAACCAUGGGCUUUCAACUAAUUGAAAGCCCAUGGUCUAACUGCAUCUAUCAUUAUCUAUGUAUUGACACUACUUGGUGCUAAUCUAAUAAUAGGAUAUAGGAUAUUGAGAAGGAAAUGGUGUAUGCAGAUGAAUAUGGAUUACGUUCAAUUCAAAUCAAACAUCAACAUUGUCAUUAGAUUUUUGAAAAAUAUUGACGUAGUUUGAAUUGACCUGUUAUGUAUUGAAAAUCCUGCUAGUGACAAUCAGAAUUGUCUAGCAUUGGUCUGUUUAUCAAAGUUGAUGUUGUGAUUCUUGGGCAUCAAUUGAUAAAAAAAACUUCACCCAGCUACACAACAGACAGUCAGUGAAAGUCAAUCAACGAAGAUUUAUGUUCCCCGAUUGUAGUUAAAAAUAAUGGAAUUUAACACUUACAUUUUAUUAUUACAUACACUGUAUUUCGUAUCUUCAAGGAAUAUACAAAUGCUACUGUUUUUGGUAUUUUAAUAUUACAAUUAAGUGUAAAGUGUAUUUUGGAGAGAAAGGAGAAUUUGAAAGAGAAUAACAAGUGGAGAACUAGUUCAAUGAGAAGUGGAGAACUAGUUCAAUGGGAAGAGUAGAGGAAAAUUAUCAGUGAUAUUAUUUUACAUAACUUUAUUUAUAAAUGUUUUACAAGUUUAAUUCAUCCUAUACGAGUAAUAUCGUAAAACUGUUGUAUACAAGUUGUAAACUCCUGAUAGAAUGUUGCUCGUUGAAUUGUUAUCUAAUUAAAAACACUGAAGACCUAGUAUCUAAAUGUG